AUGAAUAAAUUUUAUAUUCAAAUUGUUUUAUUUCUUUUAAUCAUUUCCAUAUAUGUGAAUAAUGAAACCCUUGCAGCUGAGUCAGCUCCAAGAAAAGAUACAAUACCAAAACCAUUACAUUGUUCUACCCCAGAAGAAAUAUAUGAAAAAAACAAGCACUUAUUAUGUACCAAACCAGAAGAAACUAUACAAGCAGGCGAAUUUAUGAAUGAGGCUGUGGCACAUUUAGACUAUCAUGCUAAAGAUCUGUGUAAGUAUAAAUUAUGUGGACGAAAUCAUAAUUUUCGUAUGUUUUUAUAUAAAAAAAAACAUCAAUACCAUAUAAAUAUUAAAAAAAUAGAAUAUAAAGUUUAUGAUUCGGAUAAGUACAAUGAAAUAAUAAACGAGUUAUGGGAUCCUGAUCAUCCUAAUUUUUUAAAUACUGGCUCUGUUAAAAUUACCCGUGUGUACACUCCAAAUUUAGUAAUGAUACAAAAUCGUUACACAAGUUGUUGUUUUGGCCGUCAGAAAUAUUUUUAUGCUUUAGCUACAAAGGUUGAAAUAUCAAAAGAUACAACUGUAAUUGCCAUAUCUUCAGCAAAUAUAAAUGAUCACAACCCUUCCAAUGAAAAUUAUCAAAACAAAAUCAUAAAAGAAGCAAAUUUAUUCAAAACUGACAUUGAUUCUGAAGAUGAUAUUAGAAAAGGAAAACUAAAAAAAACGUUUGUUAACAUAGCUGGAUACCUCAUUAAAAAAUGCAGCAAAUAUGUUGAUAUCACCUAUAUCGAAUCUAUCGAUGGACAUCCUUCCCUUUAUAAAAAAUGCAUUUUUAAAAAAAUUUAA